AUGAGCUGGAAAUAUACAAACAAGACUCUGCAAAUUCUCAAGUCCGCCGAGGAAGGCGGCUAUGGGGUUCUUGCAGCCAUUGUGUAUAAUGUUGAGCACAUUACUGCCUUUGUAAAGGCAGCCAACAGUCGCAAAUCGCCUUUGAUCAUCCAACUAUUCCCGUCAGCCCUGGAAAUGACCCCGUCGCUGGUCUUCGCUGCAGCCGCUGCAGCGCGAUCAGCCGAGGUGCCGAUUUCUGUGCAUCUUGACCAUGCUCAGGAUGCCACGCAGAUAAAGUACGCGGCAGAUAACUACCCUUUUGACUCUAUCAUGGUAGACAUGAGCCACUACGAGAGAUUAGAAAACAUACAAAAGACGAAAGAGCUGAAGGAGUACUGCCACUCCCGGACGAUCGCCGUGGAAGCAGAGACUGGCCGAAUAGAGGGCGGAGAGGAUGGGAUUAUGGACACGGGGGAUCUGGCGGGCAUUCUGACCAGCGCCGAAGAUGUCGAGGAUUUUAUCUCUGCUGGCGUCGACCUUAUCGCGCCGAGUGUGGGCAACAUCCACGGGGACUACGGGCCCGAGGGACCCCAGCUUCACCUUGAAAGACUGCAGCAAGUUUAUAGCCAAAUCAACCGCCGCGUCGGACUUGUGCUGCACGGAACGAACGAUUUCUCGCCAGAGCUGACCAAAGAAUGCAUAAAAGCCGGUGUUUCGAAAAUCAACGUCAACAAGCUCCUCCUUGCGCCAUGGCAGCAGCACAUUGAAGGAAACAUCCAUAAGCCCUUGACGCAAGUCAUGCAAGAAGGCAUUGAUGUGUUGACGAAAGAGACGGAGCGAUGGAUGGAUAUAAUUGGAAGCAGCGGCCAGGGCUUAUACAUCGGCCAGUUGUCCGAGCGAGCUUGUACCCCACGUGCCUCCCCGCAUCGGCCCAACGCCGAGCUGGGAAAAGGUAAUUUAACCACGCGCCCUAUAGCCCAAAUGAGCGACAUUUCAGCCUUUGUGGCGCAUGAUGAGCGCUUCAAAAGCCUCCUCGGAGAUUCCCCGGUGCUGGAAAUGUUGGCAGAGAACACUCGGUAUCCGUUUGCUCAUGAGGCCGGCGUGUUCAUACAGUCGACGAAUGAGCUAUUCAUCACGAGCAAUCGUUUUGGUGACUCUUUGACUGCCGCACCUCACGAACAGCGUGUUCAAAUAUCCAAAGUCACGCUCAACGAUGACCCAUCAAAGACCGUCUACGAGGAGAUUGACUCGAGCGGCGUGCCCAUGGGCAAUGGCGGCGUAAAUUACAAGGAUGGGAUCCUCCUUUGCGGCCAGGGACUUCUCGACCAACCCAGUGGGCUAUACGAAAUGAGCACUACUGCACCGUACAAAGUGCAACUGUUGGUUUCUGACUUCUACGGCCGGCCGUUCAACUCGGUCAACGAUGUGAUUGUGCACUCGGUCGACGGGUCCAUCUGGUUUACCGAUCCUACCUAUGGAUCUGAACAACUGUAUCGCCCAUCCCCGAAGCUCCCUUCGCAGCUGUACCGCUAUGACCCACAGACAAAGAGUACCCGCGCCAUGGCUGAUGGGUUUGGACACCCAAAUGGGCUAUGUUUUUCUCCGGAUGAGAAGACAUUAUACGUCACGGAUACAGACCGGGAACAUGGUGGGGGAACAUUACACGACGAUAGGGCCUCUACCAUCUACGCAUUCGAUGUAUCUACAAUCCACGGCGAGCCCUUCCUUACAAACCGUCGUCUAUUUGCCUUUGCUGAUCAAGGAAUUCCGGACGGUAUCAAGUGUGAUAUGGAGGGCAAUGUGUAUAGCGGCUGCGGCGACGGGGUAAAUGUGUGGUCCCCCGGUGGUAUUUUGCUGGGGCGGAUCCUGGUCGAAGGAGGUGCUGCCAACUUCUGCUUCGGCCGGGGAGGCGAGAUGUUCAUCCUCAAUGAGAACCGAAUAUGGCGCGCUCGGUUAGGAAGACAUGUUCGAGGCGCAUUGCUGAGGAUCUAG